AGACAUUGACGUAGCUGGUCACUCUCUCAUGGAAAGCCAAUCACAUGGAGGUUCUGUUCUUCCAUUUUCAACGUAAUGCACUCUGUCUGUAAGCAUUUAAUUCAGUGUAAAAGCUUGGACAAUGAUUUGACUUUUCAUGAUCGAACAACUUAGCCAAUGAAAAUGGAAAUUUGUGGUGUAACUGCGGAGAAUGUGAAGAGAGACAGAGAAGGAAAUUGGUGUGUCUUUUCUAAGUUGAACAAAACCAUGUGAAGUGACCCACUCAAAUACCUAACCAUCAGACUUCAAUACCCCACUUUGCCAUUUGAAUUCCAUCGCUCACAGCAUAACUCUUUCUUCCAAAACUCUAUAAAUUUGAACAUCAAAUGAGCCUUCAAACACCAAAUUCAACUCAUUCCUAGUGUUCUACACUAAUCAGAUCAAAGCUUUAGACUUUUCUCAGUCUUUCAUCUCAAGCAAAUGGGUAUUCGAUUGCUAUCCUUGGUUCCUCAUGCCAAGCAGAUCCUAAAGAUGCAGUCAGGUUUUACCAAAAGUCAGCUGGAUGUGCCAAAAGGUCAUGUGGCUGUUUAUGUGGGAGAGAUCCAAAGAAAGCGGUUCGUGGUUCCAAUUUCUUACUUAAACCAUCCAUCAUUCCAAAAGCUACUCAGCCAUGCAGAAGAAGAGUUUGGCUUCCAUCAUCCACAAGGGGGUCUAACAAUUCCUUGCAAGGAGGAUGCCUUCGUUGAUCUCACCUCUAGACUGCACGUAUCUUGAAGGAUGCAGAAGAAAGGACAAUCAUAUGCCAUUUUUGACAAUUUUUUCCGACUCAUUUUACUUUUCGACACAUACUAGAGUGUUGUAGAGUGGGAAACCUUCCUACCUGUAAAUGAGUUGGCAUUGUAAAGUUACUUAUACCACAGGAUUAAUGAAAAUAGACCGA